GAGGAGGAGGAAGGUGGUCGCUCGCCCGCUCGCUCCGGCAUGAGCGCGGCUUUCCAGCCCUCGCUGAUGAUGAUGCAGCGCCCGCUGGGAAGCAGCACGGCCUUCAGCAUCGACUCGCUGAUCGGCAGCCCCCCGCCGCCCGCCCCCGGGCACUUCGUGUACACCGGCUACCCCAUGUUCAUGCCGUACCGGCCCGUGGUGCUGCCGCCGCCGCCGCCGCCGCCGCCCGCGCUGCCGCCCGCGCUGCCGCCCGCGCACCCGCACCACCACCCGCUGCCCAGCCUGCCCUCCGGCUUCUGCUCCGGCCUGGCCCAGGGCAUGGCGCUCACCUCCACGCUCAUGGCCACGCUGCCCGGCGCCUUCCCCGCCUCGCCGCAGCACCAGGAGGCCGCCAGGAAGUUCGCGCCCGCGGGCAACUUCGAGAAAGCCGAGGGCGUCCCCGCGGAGGGCGGCGGCGACGACGGCAAAGCCUUCCUGGGCAAGGACGGGGCUCUGCUGCCCUUCCCCGCCGCCGACGCCGUGCAGGCUUCCCUGGCUCUGCGGGGCCAGGGCAAGGAGGACCCCAAAGCGGAGGAGGACGCGAAGGGCAAGGAGGAAAGUUUCUCCAUGGACAGCGAUCUAGAUUACAGCUCGGACGACAACAUCGCCGGGCAGGCGGCUCACAAGGAAGAGGACUCUGGCAACGCGCUGGAGGAAAACCCCCAGAACCCCCCCAAUUCCACCAACACCACGUCCACGGGCAAAAACCGGCGGAGGCGAACAGCCUUCACCAGCGAGCAGCUGCUGGAGCUGGAGAAGGAGUUCCACUGCAAAAAGUACCUGUCCCUGACCGAGAGGUCCCAGAUCGCCCACGCCCUCAAACUCAGCGAGGUGCAGGUGAAAAUCUGGUUCCAGAACAGACGGGCCAAAUGGAAACGGGUCAAGGCGGGCAACGCCAACUCCAAGACAGGGGAACCCUCCCGGAACCCCAAGAUCGUGGUGCCCAUCCCGGUGCACGUCAGCAGGUUCGCGAUCAGGAGUCAGCACCAGCAGCUGGAGCAAGCCCGACCCUGAUCUCUCCCUCCUCCGACGCUCAGAGCCACAAGUUUUUUUUAAAGGGAAAAGUUUCCAACCCGGGGUUUGAAGGCAGCCCACCCGAAUAAAAACAAAAACGAGAGAAGCAAAAAAAAAAAAAAAAAAAAAAUCCAAAAACCACCAACAGGAAAAAAAAAAACCAAAAACAAAACAAAACAAAAAACUAAACACACACACACACAAAAAAAACCCGAAAACCCCGCGCGAGCGCAUGGCAAAUCCCCACCACGAGCGAACUUGAAAGCGAAACUUUCCACGUACCGCGAGGGGAAAAGGCUUGGAAACUGUUUGGGUUGGGAGCAGGGCUGUCCCGGGCUGGAAGAGACGCGCAGGCACACACAGAUAUUUAUUGCGGCCGUGGGCACGGCGGAUGCGGAGCGCUGCCGGCGCUGGAUCCCCUCCCCGGAGCAUCCCCAGCGGCGCCUUUUGCCACCUUUGGGGUUUUCUUUCUUAUUCGGGGGCGAAAGGUAAAAAACAAAAGCAAAAAACCCCGCAAAAAGACGAGAGAACGAACGAAAAAAAAAAAAAAAAACGGAAAGAAAACUCAGAGUUUCA